CCCCGCCCAACCCGGACACUCGACAUCGUGACGCAUUAGCCAACACACCUGAAGUCGCAACAAUACCGUGAGCGACUACAUUGCGCUUGCGCACUGCACCUACACCAACACCUACACCUACACCUACACCUACACCUACGACUACCCCGUGCCUGCCUCCCAUGCCCGCCGCUUGACCCACCAGCCACCAGCCACCUGCACCCACUCGCGCAUUCACCUUCAGCACUGCGCUGACAUAAUGCAAGUCGCGCGCUCGUCGGUUUCUGCCUCCUUCCCCGCUGGGUCGCCGCCGCAAGCUGUCAUGUAUGGCAAUUCUCCCCACGGCCAUGGACUCAUGGCUGCCCCCGGCUUCAACCGCUCCUUCGACAACAUGAACGGCUUCCAGCAGCACGCCAUGGAGAAGCCGCAGAUAUACACCGCUGUCUACUCGGGCGUCUCCGUCUACGAAAUGGAGGUCAACCGCGUCGCCGUCAUGCGCCGACGCUCCGACGGCUGGCUCAACGCUACCCAGAUCCUAAAGGUCGCAGGUGUCGACAAGGGCAAGCGCACAAAAGUGCUGGAGAAGGAGAUAUUGACAGGCGAGCACGAGAAGGUGCAGGGUGGCUACGGCAAAUACCAGGGCACAUGGAUCAACUACCGCCGCGGAAGGGAGUUCUGUCGCCAGUACGGCGUCGAGGACAUUCUGCGCCCGCUGCUCGACUACGACAUCAACGCCGACGGCAACCAGGGACAGGGCAUCGAGACGCCCACCAAGGAGCAGGCCAUGGCUGCCAACAGGAAGCGCUUCUACACCCAGAGUAUCGACGGCCGCAGCACCAGCCAGAACGUGGGCGGCACCUUCUUCAGCAACAUUUCAUCUACAGCUACUAGCGCACUCGCAGCCAUGAACAAGGUUGCACGGCUGAACUCGCCUGCUCCACGCCCAGCGUCCUCUUCGCAAGGACGAAGGAGCAUGGGCCGCCCGUCGCAAGGUCCGGUGGCUAGCCAAGAGUCGUUCCGCACAAGCAGCCAGCAGAGCAUCGGUUCAGAACGCAGCUUCAACGCAGCCAACGGGCAUGCAGAUUCUGCCUAUGGGACCGGAAUGGAUGACCUACAGGAGCCACCAAGAAAGCGCAUGCGUACGUCACAGGACGAGUCUUUCUCGCAACCAAACGGGGCUGAACUAUCUAUGCGCGAUCUUGGUUCGCCAACAGAGCCCAGCGAGUCCUUCUACCAACAUCAAACUGGACAUAACAUCAGUCUCCCAGAUGGCGAGGUGCCAUCAGCCUUACCACCCCUUCCGCAUCCUGACACCAAACACAACGAAGAGAAGCAGGCCAUGUUGACGGAUUUGUUCGCAGACCAGACUAGGACAGACUUCACGAACCACCCAGCAAUACUACAUCUGUCUGGCGCAGAUCUUGACAUGCCCAUCGACAACACCUCCAACACCGCCCUACAUUGGGCAGCGACCCUUGCUCGAGUAUCGUUAAUGCGACUUCUUGUAUCGAAGGGGGCAAACAUGUUCCGAGGAAAUGCCUCAGGUCAGACACCAUUAAUGAGCGCCGUAUCUGUCAACAACAGCUUGGACCAUAGCUGCUUUCCUGAGACGUUGGAGAUCCUUGCACCCCUCAUCGAACUACGAGACGCUCAAGGAAGGACUAUUCUGCAUCACAUCGCAGUAACAUGCGCUAUCAAGGGGCGCGCAGCGUCCAGUAAAUAUUAUCUUGAAGCGCUGCUAGAGUACCUUGUCCGCAGUAACAUUGGCGCCAGCCAAAUGCCCUCCUUUCACGAGAGCAUAAACUAUCCCAAGCCGAUAGGGCUGAUGCGUUUUAUGCAGGAGAUGGUGAACGCUCGGGACAAGGCAGGCAAUACGGCACUCAAUCUAGCAGCCAGGAUUGGAAAUCGAAACAUCAUUUCCCAGCUCAUGGAGGUUCAGGCCGAUCCGACCAUUCCCAACCAUAAAGGAACAAGACCAAUUGAUUUCGGUGUUGGCAGUGACUUGGGCGAUGGGGAGACUAUGAUUACCGCAAGCAGUCCGAGUAAAGGCAAGGCGCCGCUAAGCAAGGUGGAAGAGACGAGUCGGGAGAUACAGCCUCUAAUGAGCGGCAUCCUCCAAUCCGCCAGCAUGCAAUUCACCCAAGAAGCACGCCUAAAACAAGAUGCAAUAGACCGCACAAACGACCUCAUAACCCAACUCUCGACUCAACAAAAACAAGAGCAACAAAGUCUUGAAUCUUUUCGUGCUCGAUUACGCUUACGGCAAGACCGAGCAAAGCGAAUAACCAACUUGAAACGCUGGUUAGAGCCGCAACGACACAUGUUGUCUGUUAACGCAAGUCCAGCCGACCUCCGCGAGAAGAGACGAAUUGGAUAUGCCGACGCAGAAGGCGUUGGAGUCAUUAUCAACGAGGACGAUUUACCGUACGAGCUACGGCAAGUGGGCGACCAUCUUAUUCGCAAUGCCUCAGAUGGGCCAUCGUACCUCUCUACACCUCUACCGCUCGAUCCUUCCACACUCAAUCAAAUUCUCCGCCAACCCCAGUACCAGAAUUUCGCCGUCCAACAGUUACCCUCCACCUCGGUUCUCCGCCAUCGCCUGGACACUUACACCGUCACCAAUGCCGCGUUGCUCAAUCGGAGCAGAAUAUUGAAGGAGAAGGACGGCCAGUUGGAGCAGAUGUAUCGUAAGGUAGUCAGCUUGUGUACCAAGGUCGAGGAAGGGAGAAUUGAAGAGUGUCUUGAGGGGUUAGUAGCAGCACUAGAUAGCGAAGAAGGAGAGGGCGUGGAAGUAGGGAGGGUAAGAGAGUUUUUACGCAAGGUUGAGGGCGUGGAGGCCUAAGUGCUGCAUAAACGUCGGGCGAAUGAGAAUCGUGGAGCGUGAAGAAACUGAUAAACUCGGUCUUCAAACUGUCCUCGGGCACUGUUUUUUUUGGUGUGCGCGUUUUUCUUGCGUGUGUAUUGGCUAUUCUGCAUGGCACAACAACACCAGUCCGGCGAGGCUGCUGUAUGAUGAGGUUUUGCUAUAUCGUUUUCCUUGUCGAUAUGAAUGAUAAUCUUUUCUCACGACU